AUGCCGAGCGCUGGAGAAUACCCGAAAUCCUUCCGCCUGGUAUUACAACGCGCCGUUUCCCUGAGCGAUUCGACCUGGUCCUACCGCGUCGCAGAUCUCCCGCCCCCAUCCGAAACCAAUCGGCUAGGGUUAGCUAAUGAAGAGCAUCACGUUCCAGCCAAUCUCGCCGAACACCACAUCGCCUUCCAGUUCCGGCCAAUCUCGCCGAACCGCGCCAUAAACGCUGAUGCCCUGGACAAGUUGGUCCUAAUCUCGUUUGCCAACUUCCACGCGCGCUCUUUUCACCAGCAAUCCGGACAUGGACACGCCAUUGGCACGCAGCCAAGCACACCCAAGGAGGGUCCGUGGCUGAAGAUAAGAAAGUCCAUAAAGAAGUCCAGCGGUGGCGAUGAUCACUCAUUCGCCGUGGUUCAAUACUCCAAGGGGGUCAUCAUCAAGUCGCUCGAAGCCGUCCGGCCGACAGUUCUGAGCCACAUCAAGACCGAGCACACUCCUUGUCUUCCGAGUCGCGAGCGCUUAACCAUCGCCAUGUACGUACCCGAGAAGAUCGAAAGCCCGCGAUUGUCGGGCCGAUAA